GGAAAGCAAAUGUGUAGUCUUUCGCGCGUUCAUUACUACCUUCAGACUGGUUUUACCUAAGCGGUCUGAGGGGCGGAGGUUUUUACCUCUUGCUCCUCUUCCGCUCCAGGGCCUCGUAGCUCUCGGCCGGGGGUCGCGGCCGGAGCCCGCUUUGAGGGUGACACGGCUGAGAUGGAGAGCCCGAGCCUGGGGGAUGGCGGAGCUGCCCCUGCGGUCUGCUGUAGCGAGCGCACGGCCCCAGCCCAGCCCUGCGACCUCGGGGAUGACGUUGCUGUGAGAUUGGAAAGAGCGGGAGAAGAUGAGAAACAAAUGGUGAUAAAUGGAAGCAGUGCGUGUAACCCUGUGCUGCCAGAACCCAUAGCUUCUGCUGGGUGUGCUGGCACUGCAGAGACAGAAUGCCCCAAGUCGGUUCCAUGUGGAUGGGAAAGAGUUGUGAAGCAAAGGUUGUCUGGGAAGACAGCAGGAAAAUUUGAUGUGUAUUUUAUCAGCCCCCAAGGACUGAAGUUCAGAUCCAAGAGGUCACUUACUAAUUAUCUUCACAAAAAUGGGGAGACGUCUCUUCACCCAGAAGAUUUUGAUUUUGCUCUGGUUCCUAAAAGGGGCACCAAGUCAAGAAAAAAAGAUUGCAGCAUGGCAGAUCUGACAUCUCAGCUGCAAAACAGCAGACACGUUUCAAACUGGAACCUCAGGACACGAAGCAGGCUGGGAAAGGAUGAGUGUCCUCUGCCAAGUGCUUGUGCAGAGUUGCAAGGUAACAGAGGACUAUCCAACCCUGCUUCCAUUCAUUUGCCUUCGAAAGAAGAUGAGGGUGUUCACAAUGUCGCCUCUGGAGGAGGUAGAAAGUCCAAAGGAAAGGAGACUGUGUUAAAAGGAAUUCACAUUAAGAAAACCAAAAAAGAGUUCAGGACGAAUCUUUCAGAUUCUGUUCAAAGUAGUAGGAAAAGAAACUCUGUGUGUAAUCAAGCAGGCGCUGCGAGCGAGCCUGUUCCGCAGGAAAGUGAGCUUGGGGCAAGCAGCGAGCCCUUGGGUGUGGCCAGUGCUGAAAAGAGCCUUGUGAAAGAAAGCUCAAGUUCAGAAUCCAGUUCUCAUCCUGAACAGUUAACUUCUGGCAUCACAAACGACUUAGGUGCGGCCAGAGAAGCAGAACACAACAAGAAGCGUGAGGAUACCCCUUCAGAAUCAGAAGAAAUCAGAACAGGAGACACUGGGGGCAGGAAGGAGCAUUUGCAUGGUGACAUUUUAAGAUGUGGCUCUGAGAUGGACAGCAGCUGCUCACAAACCGAGAAAGACUUGACUUCUGAGAAAAUAUUUCAAGACACCAUCCCACGAACACAAAUAGAGAGAAGAAAAACAAGCCUGUAUUUUUCCAGCAAGUAUAACAAAGCAGCUCUUAGCCCCCCGCGACGCAAAGCCUUUAAGAAGUGGACACCUCCUCGGUCACCUUUUAAUCUCGUCCAAGAAACACUUUUUCAUGACCCAUGGAAGCUGCUCAUUGCGACCAUAUUUCUCAACCGGACCGCAGGCAAAAUGGCAAUACCUGUGCUUUGGGAGUUCCUGGAGAAGUACCCUUCAGCCGAGGUAGCAAGAGCCGCGGACUGGAGAGAUGUAUCAGAACUUCUCAAGCCUCUUGGUCUGUAUGAUCUUCGAGCAAAAACCAUCAUCAAGUUCUCAGAUGAGUAUCUGACAAAGCAGUGGAAGUAUCCAAUUGAGCUUCAUGGGAUUGGAAAAUACGGCAAUGACUCUUACCGAAUUUUUUGCGUCAAUGAGUGGAAGCAGGUGCACCCUGAAGACCACAAGUUAAAUAAGUACCAUGACUGGCUCUGGGAAAAUCAUGAAAAAUUAAGUCUGUCUUGAAACUAAAGUUUUCAAAUUUAUCUGUUAUGCAUUGCUUUGCACUUUCCAUUAGCACAGCCAGCCACUUUGCCAGGCAUAUAGAUUUUAAUUAGCCCAACUAGAAGCCCAGUUGGUAUUUUCUCCCUCCCCCACUUAAUUUGAGAAACAAAGGAUCAUAGGGAGAGCUUCAUUAGUAUUUCAUGCCCCCAGCACCCACAGUGGCCAGGGCCAACCCCAGGAACUCAGUGCAGGUCCCACACGUGGGUAGCAGGAACCCAGACACUUGAACUGGCACCACUGCUUCCCAGGAUCCACAGCGAUAGGAAGCUGGAAUCAGGAGCUGAAACUGGGAAUCAAACCCAGGUACUGUGAUAGGAGACAUGAGCACCUUAACCACUAGGCUGAACACCUGCCCCCUGGUGUUUAUUUUCUUAAUGUUGUAUCACGGGUGGAUCUUUGUCACUAAAUGUGUUAGAACGUAUUUUUAAGACUUAAAAAAAAUAAUGUAACAGAAAUCCCUAAAAUGUGUGUGACUCUUUCAAUAAUGAAAUGUGAUAUUCUAAACCAUUGAUAAUAUAAAGCAGAUUUAUAUCAAGGCUGCUAAAGAAAAGAUUAGACUUUCUGUUCUUCUAUAGAAAGUAAUAUUACACAAUUGUUACAUGAAGGAGAGUGUACAGUCCAACAUGUAAUGAAAGGUUUUAUAAAGUAUAUUAGGCAGUUAAUUAAUAAAAAUAUUUUUUGACAGGCAGAGUGGAUAGUGAGAGAGAGAGAGAGAGAGAGAGAUUAAAAAUAUUUUAUUUUUAAAAAAAGCUAACCUGCAAAGAAAAAAAAGAUUACUUUAGCAUUGGUGUGUUCUUGAUGACUCCACACUGACUUUUAGAUUUGACCCCAGCAUCCAUUUAAUAAGCUGAUGUGAAAAUCCAUUGAAGCCCCAUUGCAUCUUGCAAGCGAUGGCUCAUACCUGGUACCUUGAUGCUUUUGUGAAAACUCACCUCUCAUCUCCCAGUCAGAAGGUGAGACCUUGUAAGCUUUAUGCCAUUUUUAUUAUAGAAGUUGUAAUUAUAGUUCACAUACUGAAAUAUUUACCUUAGAACUCACCAAACAAAAAAAUUUUUAACUAUUGUAAUUGCCACUCUAAGGUAUAAUUUGAAAAUUAAAUUGAUUGAAUAAAUGAGACAUAAAUCACUUGGUGGGGAAGCUGCCUUUGUUGUAUUGUGUGAACAGAAUCAGGAUGGGUGUGACACAGGCCUGCUUGGCUGUUUGCACGUUAGUGAGCACGUGUCAAAUUUUAAAGAGGGAUGGAUUUUGACCAGAGAACAGGAAAAUUGGCUGCAACUCCCAUUCUGUGUGACAAACAUCCACUAAAUAAUUUCCCAUCACAUUUUCCUUUAUCAGACAUUAAAGUAGUAUUGAAAUGCAAAGCCCUGUGCAGGCACAAAGGUGAAAAGGUUCUGUAGGCCCUCACCCGAAGUGAGACAAGAAAGGGAACAAAAGGGGUAAGGUCGAGGGAGCAGGAGUCAGACACCCAAACAUGGCAGCUAAGGAGGUAGAGCGGCUCCGGAGCUCCUAGGGCACGGCCAGUGUGGAGUACGAGCCAGCUCAGGGCACCAGGUGACUGUGUGACAGGGCUGGCUGUCGGAUCCCCUCCUCUGCCAUCUCCAUUGUGAUCUCCACAGCCCGGUUGCUCAGGUUCCAGGCCUGCCUCUUCCCCUUUACUGCAGGUAAAGUUGCCUCACCUCUGUAUGUGUUUCCUCAUCUCUUUAAAAUGGGGCACUGGUGCCUGCCGCACAGGGUCACUGUGAUUUUGAAGUGGGUACAUGUAAGUAAGUGCUUGCUUGCUUUGUUAAUGUGGCCUCGGGGUGGGCUGAGCGCCUGCCUCAGGGUCACUGUGCACCUCAGGAAAGGCGAUGACCAGCACAGAGGGAGCGCUCAAGCAUUUUUGUUCCUAACUUAAAAUUGAGAUAAAAUUCACCAUUUAACAAAGUGUAUGACUCAGUGGUUUUAAUACAUUCAGUACAUUCACAGAGUAACCAUCAUUAAUUCUAGAACCCGUCCAUCACCCCAGGAGAAACCCCAUACCUGUUAGCAGUCGGCCCCAGCUGCCCUACCACUCUCCAUCCCUGGCAUCGGCUACCUCCUGCGUCUGGAGAUUUGCCUCUUCUGAACAUUUCGUGUAAAUGGAAUCACCUAGCAGGGGCCCUUUGUGUCUGCCUGCCUGCCUGUGGCCACUGUUUGGAAAAUUCAUUCGUGUUUAGCUUCCGUCAAUUCAUUCCCUUUUACGGCCAUGGAAUGCAUGGGUGGAUCCCAUUUUAUCAGCUGGUGGACAUUUCAGACGAUUGUUUAUUAUGAUUGAGUGGUUCUCAGGUUCUGUAUUCCAACCCAUGGCACACACCCGCUUCUGUUCUGCCUUGGCUCACGCGGGUUCCUGCAGCGCUCAGAGAGGGAGGGAGGCCUAGAGAAAGAAUUGGAGAUCUGCCAGAACUCCCACAGAUGCGUUCGGAAGGCCGGGAGUGUAUCACUCCGGAUUCAAGGGGCAUCGGGCCGAACAGAAGUUCUGCCUUUGACCAGCGCUGGCACCGGGCACGGCCGUGAUUUCCCGCUGUCUGACUCAAGAUGGGACGAAGGGAACCCGCAGGCGCUCAGCUGCCUGGGCCGUCGGCUCCCGCCGGCAACCAGCAGGUGGCGGCGCAGAGCCAGCCAGCGCUGGGCACCCGUAGUCAUGGCGACAGGCUGCCUACACGCUUAGCGAGAGGGAUUGUUUUCCUGUUAGGCACCCUCUCCCAGUGCCGCAAUAAGGGAUGAUUCUUCGGAAGUUCAUGAGAGCCUGUUGUGGGCGCUUGUUGCCAAGGCCCACUAGCAGCGCCCUCUGCAGGAAGCCGUCAGCGCCCCUCUGAAAUGUAUGAGGUCCAGGACUCAUUGUGUCGUUCCUGCCCUAGGUGAAGUGUUGCCAAUGAGUCAGGCCUGGUCAAGUACAUUUCGGCCAUGUCCGUGCCUCGGUCUGGUUGGAGUACUGGGUCGGGCUGUCCUCCCUUGGCAGAAUCCCGAUCGAACUUCAGAGGUGAAGAAUGGAACUAAGAUAAUUUCAGAAUAAGGAGGGGUGAAUGCCGCCAGGUCCCUAUGUCACACUCAGGAGUAAGGUCCA